CGAGGACAGGCCCCCGCAGAGCCACCCCGACCGCGGCCACGGCAGCAGCGAGUUCGAGUCCCACUCCCCCUCCGCUUUGGUUCUCGCUGCCUCGGCUCUUGGGCCUUCCGACGCUAGUCUCCGGCAGCUCGCUGCGCCUCGCGCUCUCCCCGCCGCCAGGAUGCCGGUAACCGAGAAGGACCUGGCGGAGGACGCGCCGUGGAAGAAGAUUCAGCAGAACACGUUCACGCGCUGGUGCAACGAGCACCUCAAAUGCGUGAAUAAACGCAUCGGGAACCUGCAGACCGACCUGAGCGACGGGCUGCGGCUCAUCGCGCUGCUCGAGGUGCUCAGCCAGAAGCGCAUGUACCGCAAGUACCACCAGCGGCCCACCUUCCGCCAGAUGCAGCUGGAGAACGUGUCGGUGGCGCUCGAGUUCCUGGACCGCGAGAGCAUCAAGCUCGUGUCCAUCGAUAGCAAAGCCAUCGUGGAUGGGAACCUGAAGCUCAUCUUGGGCCUGGUGUGGACGCUGAUUCUCCACUACUCCAUCUCCAUGCCCGUGUGGGAGGAUGAGGGAGACGAUGACGCCAAGAAGCAGACGCCCAAGCAGAGGCUGCUGGGAUGGAUUCAGAACAAGAUCCCCUAUCUGCCCAUCACCAACUUUAACCAGAACUGGCAAGACGGCAAAGCCCUGGGUGCCCUGGUAGACAGCUGUGCCCCAGGUCUGUGCCCAGACUGGGAAUCCUGGGAUCCGCGGAAGCCUGUGGACAAUGCACGAGAAGCCAUGCAGCAGGCAGAUGACUGGCUGGGCGUCCCACAGGUCAUCACCCCAGAAGAAAUUAUUCACCCGGAUGUGGAUGAGCACUCGGUGAUGACUUACCUGUCCCAGUUCCCCAAAGCCAAGCUCAAGCCAGGGGCUCCGCUUAAACCCAAACUCAACCCCAAGAAAGCCAGGGCUUAUGGCAGAGGAAUCGAGCCCACUGGAAACAUGGUGAAGCAGCCGGCCAAGUUCACUGUGGACACCAUCAGUGCCGGGCAAGGAGACUUGAUGGUGUUUGUCGAGGACCCAGAAGGGAACAAAGAGGAGGCACAUGUGACCCCUGCUAAUGACAAGAACAAGACAUACUCUGUGGAGUAUCUGCCCAAGGUCACCGGGCUGCACAAGGUCACAGUACUCUUUGCAGGACAGCACAUCUCCAAGAGCCCAUUUGAAGUGAAUGUCGAUAAGGCCCAGGGAGAUGCCAGUAAAGUUACUGCGAAAGGCCCGGGUUUGGAAGCUUCAGGGAACAUCGCCAAUAAACCCACCUACUUUGACAUCUACACGGCUGGUGCCGGCGUGGGUGACAUUGGUGUUGAAGUGGAAGACCCCCAGGGGAAGAACAGCGUGGAGCUGCUCGUGGAAGACAAAGGAAACCAGGUGUAUCGAUGUGUGUACAAACCAAUGCACCCUGGCCCUCACGUGGUCAAGGUCACUUUCGCUGGGGAUGCCAUUCCCAAGAGUCCCUUCGUUGUCCAGGUUGGGGAAGCCUGCAAUCCAAACGCCUGCCGGGCCAGCGGCCGAGGCCUGCAGCCCAAAGGCAUCCGCAUCCGGGAGACGGCAGACUUCAAGGUUGACACCAAAGCUGCUGGAAGUGGGGAGCUUGGCAUAACCGUGAAGGGUCCUAAGGGUCUGGAGGAGCUGGUGAAGCAGAAAGGCUUUCUGGAUGGGGUCUAUGCAUUUGAGUAUUACCCCAGUGCCCCGGGGAAGUACAGCAUCGCCAUCACAUGGGGGGGACACCACAUUCCAAAGAGUCCCUUUGAAGUUCAAGUUGGCCCUGAAGCAGGCAUGCAGAAAGUCCGUGCGUGGGGCCCUGGCCUCCACGGUGGGAUUGCAGGGCGGUCAGCAGACUUUGUGGUGGAGUCCAUUGGCGCUGAGGUGGGGUCUCUGGGGUUUGCCAUUGAAGGCCCCUCCCAGGCGAAGAUUGAGUACGACGACCAGAACGAUGGAUCAUGUGACGUCAAGUACUGGCCCAAGGAACCUGGCGAGUAUGCCGUUCACAUCAUGUGUGAUGAUGAAGACAUCAAGGACAGUCCAUACAUGGCCUUCAUCCACCCGGCCGCAGGAGACUAUAACCCAGACCUGGUCCAAGCGUAUGGGCCAGGUUUGGAGAAAUCUGGGUGCAUCGUCAACAACCUGGCGGAGUUCACCGUGGAUCCCAAGGAUGCUGGAAAAGCUCCCUUAAAGAUAUUUGCUCAGGAUGGGGAAGGCCAACCCAUUGACAUCCAGAUGAAGAGUCGGAUGGACGGCACGUACGCCUGCUCGUACACCCCAGUUAAACCCAUCAAGCACACCAUUGCUGUGGUCUGGGGAGGUGUGAACAUCCCACACAGCCCCUACCGGGUCUACAUUGGGCAGGGUAGCCAUCCCCAGAAGGUCAAAGUGUUUGGGCCAGGUGUGGAGAGAAGUGGACUGAAGGCAAAUGAGCCGACUCACUUCACAGUGGACUGUACCGAGGCUGGGGAAGGUGAUGUCAGUGUUGGCAUUAAAUGCGAUGCCCGGGUGUUGAGUGAGGAUGAGGAAGAUGUGGAUUUUGACAUUAUUCACAAUGCCAACGACACGUUUACAGUCAAAUACGUGCCUCCUGCCGCUGGGCGAUACACUAUCAAAGUUCUCUUUGCAUCUCAGGAAAUCCCCGCCAGCCCUUUCAGAGUCAGAGUGGACCCUUCCCACGAUGCCAGCAAGGUGAAGGCGGAAGGCCCGGGCCUCAGCAAAGCAGGUGUGGAAAAUGGGAAACCAACCCACUUCACAGUCUACACCAAAGGGGCCGGAAAAGCCCCACUGAAUGUGCAGUUCAGCAGCCCCCUCCCCAGCGAUGCGGUGAAGGAUUUGGACAUCAUCGAUAAUUAUGACUAUUCCCACACCGUUAAAUACACACCCACCCAGCAGGGCAGCAUGCAGGUUCUGGUUACAUAUGGUGGCGAUCCCAUUCCUAAAAGCCCAUUCACUGUGGGCGUGGCUGCUCCGCUGGACCUGAGCAAGAUAAAAAUUAAUGGACUGGAAAACAGAGUGGAAGUUGGGAAGGAUCAGGAGUUCGCCAUUGACACCAGAGGGGCAGGAGGCCAGGGGAAGCUGGACGUGACGAUCCUGAGCCCCUCGAGGAAGGUCGUGCCAUGUCUGGUGGCCCCUGUGGCUGGCCGGGAGAGCAGCACGGCUAAGUUCAUCCCUCGGGAGGAGGGUCUUUAUGCCGUAGAUGUGACCUAUGAUGGACACCCUGUGCCCGGGAGCCCCUACACAGUGGAGGCCUCAUUACCGCCUGAUCCCACCAAGGUGAAGGCCCAUGGUCCUGGCCUGGAGGGUGGCCUUGUGGGCAAGCCCGCCGAGUUCACCAUCGACACCAAAGGAGCUGGAACUGGAGGUUUGGGCCUGACCGUGGAAGGGCCAUGCGAGGCUAAAAUUGAAUGCUCGGACAACGGCGACGGGACCUGCUCCGUCUCCUACCUGCCCACAAAACCCGGGGAGUACUUUGUCAACAUUCUCUUUGAGGAAGUCCACAUACCUGGUUCUCCCUUCAAAGCCGACAUUGAAAUGCCGUUCGAUCCCUCUAAAGUCGUGGCGUCGGGACCUGGCCUGGAGCAUGGGAAAGUGGGUGAAGCUGGGCUGCUCAGCGUUGACUGUUCAGAAGCAGGCCCUGGGGCCCUGGGCCUGGAGGCUGUCUCAGACUCGGGAGCCAAAGCUGAGGUCUGUAUUGAGAACAACAAAGAUGGCACCUAUGCUGUGACCUACGUGCCCCUGACCGCUGGCAUGUAUACGCUGACCAUGAAGUACGGCGGCGAGCUCGUGCCCCACUUCCCUGCUCGUGUCAAGGUGGAGCCAGCUGUGGACACCAGCAGGGUCAAAGUCUUUGGGCCAGGAAUAGAAGGAAAAGAUGUGUUUCGUGAAGCCACCACUGACUUCACUGUCGACUCACGGCCCCUGACAAAGGUGGGGGGCAACCACAUCAAGGCCCACAUUGCCAACCCCUCAGGGGCCUCCACCGAGUGCUUCGUCACAGACAAUGCCGAUGGGACCUACCAGGUGGAGUACACACCCUUCGAGAAAGGCCUCCAUGUAGUGGAGGUAACAUAUGAUGAUGUGCCCAUCCCGAACAGUCCUUUCAAAGUGGCUGUAACUGAAGGCUGCCAGCCAUCUCGGGUCCAAGCCCAAGGACCUGGACUGAAAGAGGCCUUUACCAACAAACCCAAUGUCUUCACUGUGGUUACCAGAGGGGCAGGAAUUGGCGGGCUUGGCAUAACUGUUGAGGGACCGUCAGAGUCGAAGAUAAACUGCAGAGACAACAAAGAUGGCAGUUGCAGCGCUGAGUACAUCCCCUUUGCUCCAGGGGAUUACGAUGUUAAUAUCACAUAUGGAGGAGAUCACAUCCCUGGCAGCCCCUUCAGGGUUCCUGUGAAGGAUGUCGUGGACCCCAGCAAGGUCAAGAUCGCCGGCCCUGGGGUAGGCUCAGGUGUCCGAGCCCGAGUCCUGCAGUCCUUUACGGUGGACAGCAGCAAGGCUGGUCUGGCUCCACUGGAAGUGAGGGUCCUGGGCCCACGCGGCCUGGUGGAGCCAGUGAACGUGGUGGACAAUGGGGAUGGCACACACACAGUGACCUACACCCCAUCCCAGGAAGGGCCCUACAUGGUCUCCGUUAAAUAUGCUGAUGAAGAGAUCCCUCGUAGUCCCUUUAAGGUCAAGGUCCUUCCCACAUAUGAUGCCAGCAAAGUGACUGCCAGUGGCCCUGGCCUCAGUUCCUAUGGUGUGCCCGCCAGUCUUCCUGUGGAGUUUGCAAUCGAUGCCAGAGAUGCCGGGGAAGGCCUGCUUGCUGUUCAGAUAACGGACCAAGAGGGAAAACCCAAAAGAGCCAUCGUCCAGGACAAUAAAGAUGGCACGUACGCCGUGACCUACAUCCCCGACAAGACUGGUCGCUAUAUGAUUGGGGUCACCUAUGGGGGGGAUGACAUCCCAUUGUCUCCCUACCGCAUCCGGGCCACACAGACAGGCGAUGCCAGCAAGUGCCUGGCCACGGGUCCUGGAAUCGCCUCCACUGUGAAAACCGGCGAGGAAGUGGGCUUUGUGGUUGACGCCAAGACUGCCGGGAAGGGGAAAGUGACCUGCACAGUUCUGACCCCAGAUGGCACUGAAGCUGAGGCUGAUGUCAUUGAAAAUGAGGAUGGCACCUAUGACAUUUUCUACACGGCUGCCAAGCCAGGCACCUAUGUAAUCUACGUGCGCUUUGGUGGUGUCGAUAUCCCCAACAGCCCCUUCACUGUCAUGGUCACCGAAGAGGCCUAUGUCCCAGUGAGUGACAUGAACGGCCUGGGCUUUAAACCUUUCGACUUGGUCAUUCCGUUUGCGGUCAGAAAAGGAGAAAUUACCGGAGAGGUCCACAUGCCUUCUGGGAAGACUGCCACACCUGAGAUUGUGGACAACAAGGAUGGCACGGUCACCGUCAGAUAUGCCCCCACUGAGGUCGGGCUCCAUGAGAUGCACAUUAAAUACAUGGGCAGCCACAUCCCCGAGAGCCCACUCCAGUUCUACGUGAACUACCCCAACAGUGGGAGCGUUUCUGCUUACGGUCCGGGACUGGUAUAUGGAGUAGCCAACAAAACUGCCACCUUUACCAUUGUCACCGAGGAUGCAGGAGAAGGGGGUCUGGACUUGGCUAUUGAGGGGCCCUCAAAGGCCGAAAUCAGCUGCAUUGACAACAAAGAUGGGACGUGCACAGUGACCUACCUGCCCACCCUGCCAGGCGACUACAGCAUUCUGGUCAAGUACAAUGACAAGCACAUCCCUGGCAGCCCCUUCACAGCCAAGAUCACAGAUGACAGCAGACGGUGCUCUCAGGUGAAGUUGGGCUCUGCCGCCGACUUCCUGCUCGACAUCAGCGAGACCGACCUCAGCACCCUGACGGCCAGCAUUAAGGCCCCGUCCGGCCGUGACGAGCCCUGUCUCCUGAAGCGGCUGCCCAACAAUCACAUCGGCAUCUCCUUCAUCCCCCGGGAGGUGGGCGAACAUCUGGUCAGCAUCAAGAAGAACGGCAACCAUGUGGCCAACAGUCCCGUGUCCAUCAUGGUGGUCCAGUCCGAGAUCGGUGAUGCCCGAAGAGCCAAAGUCUACGGCCGAGGCCUGUCAGAAGGCCGGACGUUUGAGAUGUCUGAGUUCAUCGUGGACACGAGGGAUGCAGGUUAUGGUGGCAUAUCCCUGGCGGUGGAAGGCCCCAGCAAAGUAGAUAUCCAGACCGAGGACCUGGAAGAUGGUACCUGUAAGGUCUCCUACUUCCCCACUGUGCCUGGUGUUUACAUUGUCUCCACCAAAUUCGCUGACGAACAUGUGCCUGGGAGCCCGUUUACUGUGAAGAUCAGUGGGGAGGGGAGAGUCAAGGAAAGCAUCACCCGUACCAGUCGAGCCCCAUCUGUGGCCACUGUCGGGAGCAUCUGUGACCUGAACCUGAAAAUCCCAGAAAUUGACAGCAGUGACAUGUCGGCCCACGUCACCAGCCCCUCCGGCCGCGUGACCGAGGCAGAGAUUGUGCCCGUGGGGAAGAACUCGCACUGCGUUCGCUUUGUGCCCCAGGAGAUGGGCGUGCACACGGUCAGCGUCAAGUACCGCGGCCAGCAUGUGACCGGCAGCCCCUUCCAGUUCACCGUGGGGCCCCUGGGUGAGGGCGGCGCCCACAAGGUGCGGGCAGGAGGCCCCGGCCUGGAGAGGGGAGAAGCAGGAGUCCCAGCCGAGUUCAGCAUCUGGACCCGGGAAGCAGGCGCCGGGGGCCUGUCCAUCGCUGUUGAAGGCCCCAGUAAGGCCGAGAUUACAUUUGAUGACCAUAAAAACGGGUCAUGCGGUGUGUCUUAUAUUGCCCAAGAGCCUGGUAACUACGAGGUGUCUAUCAAGUUUAAUGAUGAACACAUCCCUGAAAGCCCCUACCUGGUGCCGGUCAUCGCCCCCUCUGACGACGCCCGCCGCCUCACUGUUAUGAGCCUUCAGGAAUCGGGAUUAAAGGUUAACCAGCCAGCCUCCUUUGCUAUAAGGCUGAAUGGAGCAAAAGGAAAGAUUGAUGCAAAGGUGCACAGCCCCUCCGGAGCCGUGGAGGAAUGCCACGUGUCGGAGCUGGAGCCAGAUAAGUACGCUGUUCGCUUCAUCCCCCACGAGAACGGCGUCCACACGAUCGAUGUCAAGUUCAAUGGGAGCCACGUGGUUGGAAGUCCCUUCAAAGUGCGCGUUGGGGAGCCCGGACAAGCGGGGAACCCGGCCCUGGUGUCGGCCUACGGCACAGGACUUGAGGGGGGCACCACAGGUAUCCAGUCUGAAUUUUUCAUCAACACCACCCGAGCAGGACCAGGGACGUUAUCCGUCACCAUCGAAGGCCCGUCCAAGGUUAAAAUGGAUUGCCAGGAAACCCCAGAAGGGUACAAAGUCAUGUACACCCCCAUGGCUCCUGGAAACUACCUAAUUGGCGUCAAAUAUGGUGGGCCCAAUCAUAUCGUGGGCAGUCCUUUCAAGGCCAAGGUGACAGGCCAGCGUCUGGUCAGCCCCGGCUUGGCUAACGAGACCUCAUCCAUCCUGGUGGAGUCGGUGACCAGGUCCUCAACAGAGACCUGCUACAGCGCCAUCCCCAAGGCAUCCUCAGACGCCAGCAAGGUGACCUCCAAGGGGGCAGGGCUCUUGAAGGCCUUCGUGGGCCAGAAGAGCUCCUUCCUGGUGGACUGCAGCAAAGCCGGUUCCAACAUGCUGCUGAUCGGGGUCCACGGGCCCACCACGCCCUGCGAAGAGGUCUCCAUGAAGCAUGUGGGCAACCAGCAAUACAACGUCACAUACGUCGUCAAGGAGAAGGGAGAUUAUGUUCUGGCCGUGAAGUGGGGAGAGGAGCACAUCCCUGGCAGCCCCUUCCAUGUCACGGUGCCUUAAAACAGUUCUCAUCAAAUCCUGGGAGGAGUUUCUGGUGGUUGCUUUUGUUGAUUGUUUGUAACUCAUUUUAUACAAAACCCUCGGCCUGUUUGUGGGUCUGAAACCCCAUCCCGAAAACAUUGCCAUUCUAAAGUGCCUUCAGAAAGAAAUCCUAGACUUGACUCUUUAGGGACGUGUUGGGGACUCUUGCGACAUGCAAGCUCGUUCAAUGGCCUGAGCCAAUCUGACCUCUUGUGGCGCAGAUCAUCCCCUGCAGACAGACCAAGAACAUGGUCAAAGCUGGUGUUAAAAAUGACACUGGGUACCAAUUUAUGAAACCAGGCUGGGAGGCGGGGCAGGGAAGGAGAGGAGACCUAGUUUAGGUUGUCGUUUAGAAAAGUAGAUGGUUUAAAGCUGGCUUCAUCCCUCCCAGUGCCCACAGUAUGUAAGGAAAGGCUGUUAGGUGAACACAUUGCUUUAACUCAUUCCCACCCCACGCUGCUCUGUGGCCUGUUUACGACGUGGUGGCAGACUGGCCUGAGUGGCUUUCUGCCUCCUCUCCCCCAGUCUGCUGAUUAUUUCCCUGCAGAGUCAGAACUGUGACCAUCCUGGUAGCCAUGUCUUUGUUCUUGCUUUUAAAAUCCGUUUCAGUCUCGGUCUGAGGAAACUGCAGUGAUAAGCAGCCCCCACUUGCCAAAGAUCCCUUUUUUAACCAACACUAGCCCUUGUGUUUAACACACACUCCAGUCGCUUGUCAGUGUGAUGAGCCUCACCAACACGUUCAAGGUGACCGAGGGGUGUCCAUGUGUUAGCACAAGUCUUCACACUCCACACCCAUCCCAGUCUGCCUCGGGGGUCACUUUUUCUGGAAAAUAAUUACAGCUAGGAAAGACUGAAACUCCUGCCGACCUUUGGUCUGAGUCAGGGACUUGCUGAGGGUGUGGGAAGGACAGCAGCUCAUUGGUGUCCUUUACUGUUUGGCAGAAAUAGUAAAAACUGUGUAACCAAUGGUGGCUGCGUAUUUGGCCCUGACCACGUGUCAUCCAGAUGGUAUUUGGAAAGCAAUAUGCAGACACCUUUAUGCACACAUGCUUCAGAAUAGUUAAAGUGUUCGGGACACUGGCUGGCUGCAGGGCCCAGGUGUGGUGUGGUCUGGGCAGGCAGACCCUCUGACUUGCUGCUCCAUCCUGAGGAAGUGGCACUAGUUGAAAGUGCCUCUGUGGGUGGGACAGGGGGCUGGGGUGGGGAAUCUUCACCGAGGGAUAGCAGCUGGGGGCCAGUGUUGGCAAAUGCCCAAUAUUAGAAACAAGCGACCAGAAGCCUUACAUGAAAGGCCCACAGGCCUCGUAAACUGGGCCGUGGAAGCGAAACUGGAAUCAAAUGCCGACUGUAAAUUGUAUCUCAUAACUUAUUAAAUAAAAUGUUUGUUCCUGAAA